CCCCGGAUCCUGCUUCCUCCAGGAGCAGGGGAAUCGCAGCCUGCUACGGAGCAGGAUCCAUGAAAUGGCCACAGAUGACAAAGCAUCUCCGACACUGGACUCUAUGAAUGAUCUGCCUUACUCUCCUGGCAGUCCCUCUCACCUUACACAUUUCAAACCUUUGACUCCUGACCAGGAUGAACCUCCAUUUAAAUCUGCCUACAGUUCUUUUGUAAAUCUCUUUCGUUUCAGUAAAGAUGAUGGUCGACUUGCAUCCUCUGUGGAGAGAGCAGAGACUGGCCAGGGCGACCAGCAGGCCCUGAAUGCAAACUGGUCAAGUCCGCAACAUUCCUUGAGGUCACAGUCGCUGAGGUCGUCACCUGUCGCUUACAAAAAAACUCAAACUUCUGGGGAUAGAAGAUCUUCUGCAUCAUUAGACAAUCGAAGGAAAGAACCUCCUCUCAGUGGUCAUGAUCCGCGGACAGCUGUUCAGCUUAGAAGUCUCAGUACAGUCUUGAAACGCCUCAAGGAAAUCAUGGAAGGGAAAAGCCAGGACAGUGACCUGAAGCAAUACUGGAUGCCAGACAGCCAGUGUAAAGAGUGCUAUGAUUGCAGCGAGAAAUUCACCACCUUUCGGCGCAGGCACCACUGCCGACUCUGUGGGCAGAUUUUCUGCAGCCGAUGCUGCAACCAGGAAAUCCCUGGAAAAUUCAUGGGCUACACAGGUGACCUCAGGGCUUGCACUUACUGUCGUAAAAUAGCCUUGAGCUAUGCACACUCAACAGAUGGCAACUCCAUCGGGGAAGACUUGAGUGCUUUGUCUGAUUCUGCCAGCUCUGUGUCAUUAUUGGAUCCUGGGGAACCACGGACUCCCGUAGGCAGCAGGAAAGCUAGCCGGAACAUCUUCCUGGAGGAAGACCUUACCUGGCAAAGCUUGAUUCACCCAGACUCUUCAUCCUCCACUUUGUCAACCCGACUUGGAUCGGUUCAGGAGGAAGCAGGGAAAUCUCCUGCUCGGAACAGAUCAGCCAGCGUUACGAACCUGUCCCUGGAUCGAUCGGGGUCUCCCAUGGUUCCUUCCUAUGAGACAUCAGUCAGUCCACAAGCUAAUCGCACUUAUGUGAAGGAGGCCAAUGAGGAUGAACGCAAAAUCCUUCUGGACUCUGUCCAGUUAAAGGACCUGUGGAAGAAAAUAUGCCAUCACAACAGCGGGAUGGAGUUCCAGGAUCAUCGUUACUGGCUGCGCACACAUCCCAACUGCAUCGUAGGAAAGGAACUGGUCAACUGGCUCAUGAGAAAUGGCCACAUCACCACCAGGGCUCAAGCUAUUGCGAUAGGACAGGCGCUGGUCGAUGGCCGUUGGCUGGAUUGCGUCAGUCACCACGAUCAGAUCUUUAGAGAUGAGUAUGCACUCUACAGACCCCUGCAGAGCACGGAAUUUUCUGAAACGCCUUCUCCCGACAGCGAUUCGGUCAACUCCGUGGAAGGUCACUCUGAGCCAUCCUGGUUCAAAGACAUCAAGUUUGAUGACAGCGACACGGAACAAAUUGCCGAAGAAGGAGAUGACAACCUGGCCAAUUCUGCCAGCCCUAGCAAGCGCACCUCAGUCAGCAGCUUCCAGUCUGCCAUGGACAGCGACUCAGCCGCUUCCAUCAGCCUGAACGUGGAGCUGGACAACGUCAACUUCCAUAUCAAGAAGCACUCCAAGUACCCACAUGUGCCCCCUCACCCUGCCGACCAAAAAGAGUACUUGAUUGCUGACAACAGCGGACAGCAAAUGAUCUCAAUAAGUGACGCUUUCAUCAAAGAGUCGCUGUUUAAUCGAAGGGUUGAAGAAAAAUCCAAAGAGCUGUUUUUCACACCAUUGGGCUGGCACAACAGCAAUCUGGAACUGCUCAGGGAGGAAAAUGGAGAAAAACAAGCCAUGGAGAGGCUGCUCUCAGCGAAUCACAACCACAUGAUGGCCCUGCUGCAGCAAGUGCUCUACAGUGAGUCGCUGUCCCUCUCCUGGAGGGACAUCAUCGUCCCUGUGGUGUGCCAGGUGGUUCAGACUGUCCGGCCCGAUGUCAAGAACCGGGAUGAUGACAUGGACAUUCGCCAGUUCGUCCAUAUCAAAAAAAUUCCAGGCGGGAAAAAAUUUGACUCGGUGGUGGUGAACGGUUUUGUAUGUACCAAGAACAUCGCGCAUAAAAAGAUGAACUCCUGUAUUAAAAACCCCAAAAUCCUUCUACUGAAGUGUUCCAUCGAAUACCUCUACCGAGAAGAAACAAAGUUUACCUGUAUAGACCCCAUUGUCCUUCAGGAAAGAGAGUUCUUGAAGAACUACGUCCAGCGGAUAGUGGAUGUCAGGCCUACUUUGGUCCUGGUUGAAAAAACCGUGUCCCGUAUCGCCCAGGACAUGCUGCUGGAACAUGGCAUUGCUUUGGUCAUUAACGUGAAGCCGCACGUCUUGGACAGGGUAAGUCGGAUGACUCAGGGAGACGUACUGAUGUCCAUGGAUCAGUUGCUGACCAAACCGCAUCUGGGAACCUGCCACAAGUUUUACAUUCAAGUGUUUCAGUUGCCUAAUGAACAAACGAAGACGCUGAUGUUCUUUGAAGGAUGCCCCCAGCACCUGGGUUGCACCAUCAAGCUGCGUGGUGCAGGCGAUUAUGAGUUGGCGCGCGUGAAGGAGAUUCUUAUUUUUAUGAUCUGUGUGGCUUAUCAUUCCCAGCUGGAGAUAUCCUUCCUUAUGGAUGAGUUCGCCAUGCCCCCAAUGUUGGCCAAAAACGGCUCCUUUCGCUCUCUGAUUGAAGGGCAGGGGGAAGAAAACGGGCAGCAAGAGCUGAUGAACAGAGAAGUCAGCACAGUAGGGAAAGACGCAGACCUGGCCCCCGACAAGCUGCCUGCGAUCUCUGAAUCGGCGUCUUCAGACGGGGUGGGCUCCCUGGAGCAAAGAACAUGGUCGGAAGAGAAUGACCAGGGGAACAGCGACGUGCAAGAAGCUGCCCUCCAGAAACGCCAGGAGCGAUGUGUGCCGAUGGAGUCUUUCUACAGAGCACCCUUCCUCGUGUCCAGAUUGGUGCCAGAGCCAUUGCUGGCCCUCGACCUGACCGAACAACAGCUGGGGAUUUUGGACGGCGAGCAGUUGGAGAAUCUGGGGGCUGUGGACGACUUCCAGGAGCCCAAAAGUCAAACCAGGGAAUUUAGGGACCCCCUGCAAGACGACACUGGAUUGUAUGUUGCAGAGGAAGUGACCUCCUCCGAAGAUCGCCUCAAAGCCUUCUCUCUAGCGUUUAAGCAAGAACUGAAGGACCUUAUUCUGUGCAUCUCCCCUGUGAUCACGUUCCGUGAGCCCUUUCUGUUAACGGAGAGAGGCAUGAGGUGUCCCACCAGGGAGUAUUUUUUGGAGCAGGUCUACGUGUCUCCUCGGCUCAACAAGGACCACAAAGAGCUGGACAGCAGACGGAAGAAACAGCUGUUAAGGGAUCUCUCUGGCUUGCAGGGAAUGAACGGAAGCAUCCAAGCCAAGCCGGUGCAGAUCUUACCCUCCCAUGAACUUGUGAGCACCAGAAUUGCCGAGCAUCUGAACAGUAGCCAGAGUUUGGCCAGAAUGGUGGCCGACUUCCGGGCCAGGGGAGGAAGGAUUAUACAGCGAGACGUGGACCCAUUUGCCCAGUCUAAAGAGCCAUCCGGUGUGAAAUUUGGAGUCAGGAGCGAUGAUGACGAGAAGGGGUUUAUUCAGAAUGAAUCGCUGUGGUCUCAUAAAGUGGACUGCCUCAGCCCCGCCAACCACCAGCGGCUCUGCGUCCUCUUCAGCAGCUCUUCAGCCCAGUCCAGCAACGCUCCAAGUGCCUGCGUGAGCCCGUGGAUGGUGAUAAUGGAGUUUUAUGGAAAGAAUGACCUCACUUUGGGUGUGUUUCUAGAAAGGUAUUGUUUCAGGCCUUCCUACCAGUGCCCGAGCAUGUUCUGCGAAACACCCAUGGUGCACCACAUCCGGCGCUUUGUCCACGGGCAAGGCUGCGUGCAAAUCAUCCUGAAGGAACUGGAUUCCCCCGUGCCUGGCUAUCAGCACACUAUUCUGACCUACUCCUGGUGUAGAAUGUGCAAGCAGGUAACACCAGUUGUUCCACUUUCCAAUGAGUCAUGGUCGAUGUCCUUUGCGAAAUACCUUGAACUCCGUUUUUAUGGGCACCAAUACACCCGAAGGGCCAACGCCGAGCCGUGUGGCCACUCUAUACAUCAUGAUUACCAUCAGUAUUUUUCCUACAAUCAGAUGGUGGCAUCUUUCAGCUAUUCUCCUAUACGUUUACUGGAGGUCUGUGUCCCACAUCCCAAGAUCUACAUAAAACGUCAGGUGCCACUAAAGGUUACCAUGCUUCAAGACCUGAAGGACUUUUCUCAGAAGGUCUCUCAGGUAUAUAUUGCUGUUGAUGAACGCCUCACCUCUCUGAAAACGGAUACCUUUAGCAAAACCAGGGAGGAGAAGAUGGAGGAUCUUUUUGCCCAAAAGGAGAUGGAGGAAGUAGAGUUUCGAAACUGGAUAGAGAAAAUCCAGGCAAGGAUGCUUUCUUCAUCGCUUGACACUCCGCAGCAGCUGCACUCGGUCGCUGAAUCUCUGAUCGCCAAAAAGCAAAGUCUUUGCGAGAUGCUGCAAGCUUGGAAUAACAGGUUACAAGACCUCUUCCAGCAAGAGAAAGGGAGGAAACGUCCUUCAGUUCCACCUAGUCCCGGGAGACUGAGGCAAGGUGAAGAGAGUAAGAUUAGCUCAAUGGAUGCAUCCCCUCGCAAUGUUUCUCCGGCGCUACAGAACGGUGAGAAAGAGGAUCGUUUCCUGACCACUUUAUCAAGCCAGAGCUCCACAAACUCCUCCCUCCUCCAGCUUCCUACCCCUCCUGAAGUUGUGUCGGACCAGCUGACUGGGGGCACCUCCUUUGCUAACGCGCUCUCUGAACCAGACGCAGCUAGCGGCUCCGAAGAUGUGUUUGACGGACAUUUGCUGGGGUCCACGGACAGCCAGGUGAAAGAGAAAUCCACUAUGAAGGCUAUUCUAGCAAACCUGUUACCUGGAAAUAGCUACAACCCCAUCCCAUCCCCUUUUGAACCUGACAAGCAUUACUUAAUGUAUGAGCACGAACGCGUUCCUAUUGCUGUCUGUGAAAAGGAACCAAGCUCCAUCAUAGCCUUUGCUCUCAGUUGCAAGGAAUACCGAAGUGCCUUAGAGGAGUUAUCAAAAGUGUCUCUGAAGAGCAAUGUUGAAGAAGGACUUCAAACAAGCAGUCUGGCUGAGAGCAGAGCGAAGAACAGCAGUCCCGUCCGACUACCCGAAACGAAUGUGGGGCAAUCAAACCAAAUGGCAGAAGCGGAACAGCCCAAGAAGCCGUAUGGAGUCCUGUCCUUCUUCCGGGGCACAGGGGGAAAGAGUCCCGACCUCUCUUCUCAGAAAAAGGAAACCUUACGUGGGGCAGAUAGUGCCUACUACCAGGUUGGCCAGACAGGGAAAGAAGGGGCAGAGAACCAAGGAGCAGAAACUCAAGAUGAAGCAGACGGAGGUGAUGGACAAAAGAAACAGCUAGGAAAUCCACAUGUUGAACUCCAGUUCUCCGAUACGAAUGCCAAGUUCUACUGCCGGAUUUACUACGCAGGGGAGUUUCAUAAAAUGCGCGAAGUGAUACUUGGAAGCAGCGAAGAAGAUUUCAUCCGUUCCCUCUCCCGCUCGCUGCCUUGGCAGGCACGAGGAGGCAAAUCAGGAGCGGCUUUUUACGUGACUGAUGAUGACCGAUUCAUCUUGAAACAAAUGCCCCGCCUGGAAGUCCAGUCCUUUCUAGACUUUGCCCCUCACUACUUCACAUACAUUACUAACGCCGUACAGCAAAAGAAGCCAACAGCUUUGGCCAAGAUUCUUGGGGUUUACCGGAUUGGUUAUAAGAAUUCUCAGAACAACACAGAGAAGAAGCUUGAUCUCUUGGUCAUGGAAAACCUCUUCUAUGGCAGAAAAAUGGCUCAGGUCUUCGACCUCAAAGGCUCCUUGAGGAACAGAAAUGUCAAAACAGACACUGGGAAAGAAAGCUGCGAUGUGGUUCUGCUGGAUGAAAACCUCUUGAAGCUAGUGCGAGACAAUCCCUUGUACAUCCGUUCCCACUCCAAAGCUGUGUUGAAGGCUUCCAUCCACAGCGAUUCUUACUUCCUCUCCAGCCACCUCAUCAUUGACUACUCUCUUCUGGUGGGUCGGGAUGAUACCACGGACGAACUUGUGGUUGGAAUUAUUGAUUACAUUCGCACAUUUACUUGGGACAAAAGGCUUGAAAUGGUUGUGAAGUCAACAGGGAUCUUAGGAGGUCAAGGUAAAAUGCCAACUGUAGUAUCUCCAGAAUUGUACCGUACCAGGUUUUGUGAAGCAAUGGACAAGUAUUUUCUGAUGGUACCAGAUCACUGGACAGGGCUGGGCCUGAAUUGCUAGAGAAAAGCACCCCUUGGGUGAUGCGAUGGAAUAAUUUCUUCUGGUUCGAAAAGAACGCAAGGUAAUGCUGUUCUUACAUCCACAACUCGGACUCUUCAAUAGCAGCUAAAGGAACUUCAACCACUGCCUUCGAACUGUGUGCGUCUGAAGUAUGAAGUCUGCACUUUUAAGUUUAGAUGUCAGAACAAUCAUGAAAGAGUAUCCGGAGUUACUCAGAAUCAGAGGUGUACCUUUGUAAGGACAUAAAUGGGACCAUGAAAGAAAUUCUCCUCUCACCAAGAUGACGUCUUCCACAGGUUGCUGUAAAUCACAUUGGAGCACUGAGGCCUGUUUGGGGUGAUGUCUUGCAAAGAGGAGGCCUGUGGCUCUUGCACAUGGUAUAAAGUGUCUUAAUAUGAAAUAACAGUGGGCAUUUGGCCUCAAAUCAGCCUGUUGAAGCUAUUGCAGAGGGCUCUUGCUUUCUUUAAAAUACACUUCUCAAUUAUGAGGAACCAAGUAACUCUGUUAAUAAGGCCACUGCUGUGACGAGUAGUUUCUGUAAGCGUUAUAGUGUGAAAUUUGGUUUGUUGUGCACUGAUAUUGUUUUACAUGUUUCCAUGAGCAGUAUUAGAUGGGAAUUUUAGCCAUUUAUCAACAUACCACUUAAUCAUUUGUAGCCCUGCUUUUUAUUUAAUGCUAUAAAUAUUGGUCAGAUAUUUUUUACUGAUGGGCAGCUUGCUUCUCUCUUUGUAUCCCAGUUUAGAUUUCAGCAACAUGCCAAGAAAUAUAGCGGUCUUUCAACUGAAAUGCCACCCACAAACCAAAUUUUCUCAAAAAGAAGACCCACGAUUAAGUUCAUAUCCCGAAAGGGCCAAUCUUGAUAGAAAUCUCAGGGCUGGGCAACAUGUCCCCGUCCCCCCGAUUUUCUAGCCUCCAAGUCCCAUCAGCCCUGGCCAAUAUAGUUAAUGGUGGGGGAUGAUGGGAGUUGCAACCCAAAACAUCUGGAGGGCCACCGGUUGUCCACCCCUCUAGGUACUACCAUAAAUUACACAUUUAAUUUUUCUACAUUCCUUUCCUUAGCUCCACUCCACAAGAGGCACUUGGUUAUUCUUGUUUAGUAAUAUUUUCAUCCAAUAACUAAUGGCUGCCUUAAAGACUCAGUUCUCCACUUUAGAUAGUUCAGGUUUCUUUUUAUUUCCAUACUAUUUUGAGGAACGUAAUACCCCAGUCUCCACACACCACACAGUUAGGUUGCGUUAACAAAAAGGGUGUUUCAACAAUAGUUCUUUUGGCGCUGUGGAAACUCAUUUGCAAUUUUUGUAGACGCUCUGAACAAUAACUGUACGAAGAUGGGUUGUGUGGCACAAUAGACCCAGGCGUAUGAAGAUCUGGGCAUCUUCGCAACCUAAGAAUAAGCACUUUUUAAUCCCCCCCCCUAUAAAUAUGGAAUGUUUACUUGAGUUUGUAAAUAAUAAAGGCCAGUAAAAAUAAAUGUGUUUGUAGUUAAGGAAGAAAAACUAACAUUCUCGUCAAACUUUCAUGAUUGUGUGUGGGGUAUUGGUUUGAACAUAGAUGCUGGGUAAGAAGAUACUGAACAAAGAUCUGAGAUGAAUUUCCCGUUAUGUGAUCAGUCUUCUCCCUACAGCCUGGGGAAAAGUGAGCAGCAUUCCAUUGUGACUGCAACCUUGCCAUUGCAUUUCUAAGCAGUCAACACAGGCCAAUACGGCUACUGUGUCUUCCUGUAAAGUCUUCCUGUCCCCCUCCAUAGUUGUGACACCUAUAGCGCAUGAAGUGGACGGAAGUCUCUGUUGGAAGCUGAGAAGCUCUGUCAAAGUAUACCUCUUAAGCCAGAUGAGGCGCCAGUGAGAGAUUUACGUUAGAAAUUUUAUUCUGCUUACAGAGAAAUUGGUAAUGCGCACACAGGUACACGAUCCUAUCCAGGGUCUAUGUCGGCUUAUGUUUUCAUAAGAGAAGUUCAACUCUCGAUAUGGUGGGUGGAAAGCAAAUUAUUUUACUUUGUUCAAGUCUGCAGUUGUAAGGUGUAUGGGUUUUUUCAUAAUAUGAGAGCAGAUAGCCAGUUUUAAUAAAUGGGUGUUUGUAACUGAAACUUUGGCGUUUUACAUUCCCUUUCCCUUUUUUAGAGCUUGCUAACCUUCUGCUUUGAGCACCAUAAAAAUAAAUAAAGCCUCCCUUAAUUUUCCACGCAAGUAUCAAUCUUCAGCUGGUUUAAAAUAAGGGUUAUAACAGAUUUGUUGUGUAAGCUUAAACAACAAAGUAUAAUAUCCAAGUGGCUUUCCUAUAGCUUCUUAAAUAAUUUUUGGGGGUAACCGGCCUGAGGACAAAACAAGUAUAUGUAUAGCAUUGGUGAUGAAGACGGCACAUGUAUAUAAAUCAUAGACAAAUCAUAUCUCUCUCAAACAAUAUGCAAAUAGCAACGGUGGAAAGGGCCAGGUCCAUUUUCUCUAUGUUGGAAGAAGAAAUCUUGCAUUAUGCAACACUGUGCUUUAUAGGCUGCUGCUGUGUUUGUCCUUGGAUAUGAGUCAUAUGGGCCAAUCUAGGCAUUGUGGCAGCCAUGACCAUCUUUAUUCAUAUCUCAAGUUCCAUGUUCAUGUAUAUAGUGUGCGUAUUUGUGGUCUAUUUUUAUAUGAAAUGUGGAAUAUGUGGGUCAUUACAGAGAAAAUCCCCCCUAUCUGGUGGCGCUGUUGCUUCAGUUUUCUCCCUGAUCCAGUUUGCGUCUCGUAUCAGCCCUGAACGGCGAGUAAAUUGCACGAGCUGAUGGGAUGCUCAAUUGAAGUCAAGUAGCAAAAAGGCAAACAGAAUCCUUUACAUAUGAGUUGGGCAGAUGUCAAUAGGGAAUAAGGGCACGCUGCUCUCCCUUUAUGUCUAGUUUGAGCUUGGCCUUAGAAGUAACCCUGAGCUUAGGGUGUAUGUUAAACGUAACACAGGAAUUCUGACAGCUUAAGAGUUUCUACACAAGAACCAAAUAGCAGGUAUCUUGAGGGGAGUUAGAACAGCAGCAGUCACCACAUAGAUGCAAAGGCAUUUGUCUCUGCCUGAAAUUCCAUUGCUUCUCUUCUCUUCACUGAUCUUCUCUUGGUAUAUAGUAUAUUAAUUAUGUUGCACACAACUUCAGAUGCAGGUGGCAUCUAAGAAAAUCCCACGUAUUUAAAGUGCAAGGCAAAGAAUUACAAGCAUACACACACAGCAGAAUGUGGUGGCGGUAGAAUCCUAAAGUGAAUUGAAUCUGUUCAGACUGAUGGUGUGAGGAGUCUCAUUUUUUAAAAAAACUCCCUGCAGGAAGAAAACUUAACAGGGCAACAGGUUUUGCAAAUACCUGUCCCUGAGAUUUAAGUUCUUUUCUGGCAGGGAGGUAGUCCCCCCCCCACCCUAUAUGGAGCAUUUACACUUUAAUGUAGAACUGUUGGUUCUACUGCAUGUGUAUAAAACCUUAAAGCUAGAUCCUUGACAGGUGAGAGGCUGAUGUAAGUGCCACUGACAUAAGCUUUGCUAUCAAAACCAGCAGGGAUUUUAUCCCACAUAAACACACAAUUUGUAACGAAUUCUUUAAUAGAAAGUGUACACCCACCUGUUGCAGCUUCCAGCAAAAGGAAUGAUGGUUGGGGUUUCGUAUUGUAGGAACAUCUUCAAAGGGAACCCUGGGGGAGGGGAGGUUUGCCAUAGCUUUUGCUCUUCUAAAUCUGUUAGUUUUUAAGAACCUCCUUUUCAUUUCAUGUUCUCCAGUAAUCACUUCCCACACUUUCGAGAAAACAGGAAGUACCAUUAAUGAGAUUAUGUCGUAUCUGAAACAUUUAUUUCAGGCACCCAAAAUGUGAUGGGUUGUGAUAAAGUUCCUGUCGUUUUAAAGUGGAAAUUGGGUGCUAAGGCAGUAUUCUAAAAGCACAUAGUACAGUAUUCAAGAACUGGUCUGUGCAAUAUGUUCCUUUUAAUUUGCUGUAUAGAUUUCAUACCAAUGUGUGUAUAUAGAGUAAAUAGUAAAGUCUAGAGCCGAUAGAACAGACAUGCUGUAAUGAACUGCUCCUGUGUUUGGGGGCUUUUGGGGGAGGUUCUGUGUUAUGUCUGCAUAGUGCAGCUCUUACCUGGCAUCUCAAGGCUGCUUCUAUGCAAACCAAGUGUGGCACUGGACUUUAUAUGACUAGUCUCAUUUUGAGGCCAGAGGGGCUGUUUGUGUUGUAAGGUGCUGCAAAAUGUUGAAUCAGGCCCCUUAAAAUACUGCACACAGCCGGAAACCAUGUUCAAAGCACUUAUUUAAUGUAUCUUAAAGUGUAUAUAUGUCCCCUACCUUGGUCCUGGGUGUAUUUUUAUGAUCUUGAAAUGUUAAACUAUUUAAUUACAUUGGCUACUUCAUUUACUAAAUUAUAUAUAGACAGAAAAUAAAACCGUUAAAGUGUA